GCUGCGGUAUAUCGCCAAGCUCCAAGCCCCACGCUCCAAGCGACGGCGACCAUCUGCACCACCCACAUCGCUGUCAGCCUCUGCCUUCCUCAUGAUCCUUUCGACCUACUCCAGCCUGUUGCUCUCGGUUCUCGCGGGCGUUGCCUGUGUCCAGGGUUACAGCUGCGACCCAACCGUCUGCAAGCUGCCCAACUGCACCUGUGCCAGCCCCACACCUCCUGGCGGCAUCGCCCCACAACAGGCUCCCCAGUUCCUGAUGCUGACUUUUGAUGAUGGACUCAACUCCGACACCUUUGGCGUCGUCUCGGCCCUCACCGGGACCCGCAAGAACCCAAACGGUUGCCCCGUUCAAAUCACAUUCUACACCCAAACCUACUACACCGAUCCCUUCCUGGCGACCCAGCUCUAUGCCCGCGGCCACGAGAUCGCCGACCACACCAUGUCCCACGGCGCCUAUCCCGGCCCUCAGAAGGCCGGUGUCUAUGAAUACAUCGAAUACGAAGGAAACCGCGCUUUCCUCAACCGAUACGCCGGCAUUCCUCUUGGCAAGAUCAAAGGUGUUCGUUUUCCGUUCCGAAACUACAGUACCGAUGCCCUCAACAUGAUGAAGAAGAUGGGAUUCCUCUAUGACUCCUCGAUGAGUGCCGGCGGAAACACUCUCUACUGGCCUUACACUCUCGACUAUGGAGAGGCCACGGGAUGUACCGACCAGGUCAACGUUUGUGGUGAUCCAAACUUGAAAGCUCAAGGAAUGUGGGAGGUUCCACUGUACGAGACCGGAGGUGCCAGCGGUAUCCAUCUCAUGGAUCCUUACAACGAUCCCACCAUCACCAACCCCAUCUCGCUCGACACUGUCUAUUCCGAGUACGCCUCGACCUUCGACAGCCACUACAACGGGAACCGGGCCCCCUUUGGCGUUUACACACACCCUGUCUGGCUCACCGGCGCCUCGACCUCGCCCAACGGCCUCAACAAACAGGCCACGGUCGCAAAGUUCCUCGACUAUGCAAUGAGCAAACCCGAUGUGUGGAUGAUCACCGGAUCCCAGAUGGUCGAGUACAUGAAGAACCCGGUCCCGGCCAGCCAGCUCGGCUCGCAGCCAUACAUGCAGUGCAAGAACACGGCGCCGACCAACAUCUGCAACGGACUCGGACCGGCGUCGCUUGCCGAGACAUGCAACUUCCUCACCGGCACAAUGCAUACCUGCUAUGGCUGUCCCAGCGUCGUUCCCGACAUCCCGAACCCACUUCCUUCGUCGAGCAGCAGCCGCUAUCCCCUCCCGACCAACUGCGACACACUCUGGUGGGACCCGGUUGCGGGCAAGUGUCUCUGCAACGACGCCUCGUGUGCCUAUCAGGACCAAGCUCGCCCCAUCAACUUUGAUCAAGGCUCGCUCGAUGCCGCGAACAGCACAGGCAAU